AUGGCGAAGGGAGUCAAGUCAGCGGUACCAGCAACACCGGCCAAGUCGACUGGAACGCGCAACGGGACUUCGGUGCGCUCCGGAAGCUCAAUCUCGACCCCAACGACGGAUCGGAUGGAGUCGAUUGACGAGCGUUCGGUGAGCUACGACACGGCGAUUGAUUCCUCGGACGCCAAAGAAGAUGACGAAGAUGAUGACUGGGAUGUCCGAACAGCGAUGUCCGAGACUUCGGAAGCUGCGGUUGUGUCGGCAGGUCGCAGUGGAGGAUCAAGGUCGAUUACCCGCGACCUCUCCGACACGUUCAAGGACAUGCCGGGCCCCGAGCCCGCCUACGACGCGGAUGACGGCGCCACCGAGGACUUCAAACCCUCGGUGACGGUAGGAGGGGCAACCUCCAAGCCGGUUGGCACUCGUCCUCCCCUCAACGGGGAUACUCCGGCGGCCAACAAGGUCCUAGGCCGGUGCCUAGACUUGAUGAAGACCAAGAGCGAAUGGAUGCAGUUGUUCUCCCCGAAGCAUGUCCGCCAGGCCAUCUGGAUGGACCUCGGAGGGGCCUAUGGGGUGCGAACCCCAGAUCCUCCCGACGGAGGCUGCGCUCGCGAGUUGGACGCCGACCGCCGCUACCACGGCGUUAACCAUAUGUGGGAGAAGAAGCUGCGUAAUGCCUUUGGAGUGGCGGACGUCAGUUCGCGAGGCCCAACGAUGCUUCGUUCGACCUCGGAGGCAGUAGACCCGUCGACGGUCCCGCUACCAGCGACCCCUCGGAAGGGAGCCACUGAUGACGGUGUCUUUGCAACCAAGGGCGAAGCCUCGCCGUAUAUGCAAGACUCGCACAUGGUAACUCCACGAUCUACGGACCGUAGUGAAUGCCUGGCUAGGGAGAACGAGGCUUCAUUCGCCACGCCUGGCACGCGCGGAGCGACCGGUCGUCGGUCCGGCCGACGUUACGACCUCCAAGAUGAUUCGUCGGACAGCGACGACGACCUCGGGCCCGACUACUACGAAGGGGACCUACCGAGCGAAUGGGCACGUCAGGUGCGCGAGCUAAGCGCGACCGACAACCAGAGCUCAACCCCAAAGCUCGAGAUCGCCACGCAUUUGCGUUUCGCCAACAUCAAGCCGUUCUACGGAACGCGCGACAAGAGCGAGCACUCCAUGCAGUGGCUCCGAACGUUCAUCUAUGAGAUGAAGGGAACGCAUGCACCACCCAACGAGUGGUGUAUGCCAUUCGAACUUAAGCUCAGGGAUGGAGCCCUGCACUGGUGUCGCCAGCUCCCACGCAAGACAAGACGCACGUGGAAGUUGCUGAGCGAGGCGUUUAUCAAGUACUAUUGCUCGACGUUUUCCCAGUCUGCGAAGGCUCGGUACUACUCGGCCAAGCGGGAAGACAAGGAACACGUUUGUGACUACCUCAACCGGCUCAACGGCUACGCUCGCAACGCCGGUGUGCAAUUUGAAAACGGUGGUCGUGACGCGAAGGACCACGUGGACCACUUCUUGGUCACGUGUGACGACCGAAACUUAGAAGACCGUCUGUGCCACGUCCGGGUCAAGAGCAUCCAUGACCUCGAAGACAUGAUCAACGACAUCCUGCGUCACCGUGACCGCAAAUCGAACCGAGAAUCGUCGUUCCGCCGCUCUCGGAGUCAAGAUGAUGGACGUCGACGCGAUGCGAGGUCGAACGAGGAUUCUCGUGGUGGCUACCGCCGCGAACGACGCUACCACGACGAAGACCGUCGCGAACGACGUCGCCGUGACAACGACCGCCGCAACGACUGCAGUGAAGACGACCGUCGCCGUGACCGACGCGAUGGAUCGCCGUACCAGUCCCGAGUCACUUUGGUUGACGCGCUGGCCGAUGUGAUGGCGGAAUGGAACGUCGGAGGCUCGGUCGGUGCACGCAACGAGGCUCCAUACGCCCCCCGACGUGAUGCUGAGGCGAACGAGGAUUACUUCGAGGAUGAGCGCCAAUACUCGGACGACCAACGCUCGGACGAGGAUUCAGACGCUGACUACGACUCGGAUGGGUCUACCGGACAUGUCGCUGCUGCUAACGAUGCUGAGCGCAGGGCCGCAGCCGAAGGAACGUUCGCUCGGUCUGAUAACCGACGCUUCAGGAACGGAGGAGGCCCGUCCAACCGUGAACGAGAUGGUCGACGCCAGUAUGGGCCGUGUGCCGCGUGCGGAAGCCCGUCCUACUCGGUGCACUUCUGCUACCGGCGGUGCAAACUGUGCAAACAGGUGCACGACGCUGGGGAGUGUGAAGCACUUCACGAGCUCACCAAGCUCCUGAAGUCCAAGGUCGACAAGAAGGGUCUGUCGCCAGAGCUGCAAAGCCUGGUGUAUGGAAGUCAUUUAAACUAG